AUGCUAGAAGGAACGCGGAUCAGGAGGUGGUCUGCAAAUGUGUCCGACACUAUUGUUGUGAGACUAGCACAGGAUCGACGGCAAUUGUUGGCGCUCGCAUCGAGCCUACUCUCCUUGGAAGAGCAAGAAGCUCUCGGUCUGGAUGCUUCGGAGGAACCUUCUAGUCUUCUGGACGAAAAUGCGAAAUCUGUAGCCGAUGCAUUGGAGAAGCGCGGUGUCAGCAUUCCCGCAAAGAUAUGGCCCGGAGCCCAGAAGACAGUCUUUCACCUUGAAUAUUUAACACUCGAGGUAGUUCAAAAGCUUUACGCUGCCGACUUUUGCGACAUCGACGUUGAAGACGCGGCCGGGUGCACUCCUCUCGUCUUGGCCUGCUGGCGGAGAGAUUGGGACUUAGUUGAGUGGUAUCUGGACAAGGGAGCAGAUACACGAGCGAUUGAAAAAGCCGGUUUCCUCAGUUUGCCAUACCUUUCCGCUAUUGGAUUGAACAACGCGGGAUUACCAUAUUACGGCAACGAACAUCAAGAAGCCCUCCGGAGAAUUCGCACGACAAUGGGCAGAAUGUGUGGGAUUAGGAUACCUGACGACCGUGCUUGCUACUGCUCGGUGGCCGGUUGCUUGCCCGCGGGCAUUGUUAUAAAGAGACGGAGCUGCGUUCGACAUAGGGCGCACGACCUGGAUUUUUACAUCAAGAGCGCUACACUUGGUUGUGUUGAGGCUGCUUAUCUGGACGCCUGCAGGGUCAGAAUUUUUGAGAGGCUGGGCAUGGUCCAUACCUGCUGUAAAGUGGAAAGGGUUUAUCCUGUAGAAGUCCCCUACAGUGUACCAAGGCGAUAUCGACUGCCGGAAGAAGAGCGACUAGAGCUCCUAGACGAAUACGCGGAGCUUAACGACAUACUCGAGGCUUACAUGCGCCUCUAUCAAGACCUGAGAAGCGAGUGCUCGGGUCGGUUCUCGCUGUUCUGGCAGGCCUGGUGGGAAGCUGUCAGUAACGACCUACCGGAAGAUCCACCAGAGCGUUAUCGGUUCGACAGCUGCUGUUGGCUCGUCAGCAAAGAGGAAUCGAAAUGUCACGAGCUUGCAGUCGGUCUCGGUCACGAACCAGACGAAGAAGCCAUUCGGACCAGGAUAAGAGAUUUUUUACCUGUUGGCUUUGUGGUAGACCCUGCAGAAAUCUUUCUGGACGGGAUCAGUAACCUCUUCGACGACUGA